GGAUCUGGAAUCAUGUGUUAGCAUGUGGAUUGAGUUGAUGGUUUCUUCUUUUUGUUUUUUAGUUGUAUUCUUUUUCUGUGCAGCUGCAAGUAGGACAGUGGUUGAAGUUGAACAGACCAAGAACUGGGCAUCCUCUACAAACUGCACUACUCUUGCAGAGCUACUCCAAUGCAAAAUGCCCAGAAGGCCAAGAACACAUUGCCAACAGCCCAGAACUUUGCCAUUUACAUUCUCCCCUUUUGCUCGUGCUCUGGCUCGAAUGGCCUCUCCUUCUAUGCCCAAACGGCAACACCAACACUCCAAAUUUGAUGAAAAGCCUACACCUGCUAGUAAGUCCUCGUUAAAGGAGAAAGCCAAAGAAUAUGAGUCCUCUGAUGAGGAGUUUGAAGGAGUUGUCCAAGCAGACUUUUCCUUUUUUGAUCCUAAACCCAAUGACUUUCAUGGAGUGAAGACCUUGCUGCAAACAUACCUGGAUGAUAAGGAAUGGGAUUUAAGUGGAUUUGUAGAUUUAAUUUUGGCGCAGACUACAGUAGGCACUGUUGUAAAGAUAGAGGAUGAUGAGGAUGAAGGGCUUUUUGCUGUUGUUAGUGCUCUUAAUUUGUGGAGAUAUAGGGAGCAAAAAUGCAUUACGGAAGUUAAGGACUUUCUCCUAUCCAAAACACGCCAAGAGAAGGGCAUUACUGAUAAAUUGAGGUUACUUUUGGAGGAACAAGCACGUGACAUAGGUCUCUUGGUUUCACAGCGGGUGUUGAACCUUCCUCCGCAACUCUUGCCACACCUUUAUGAAGCCCUUUUUGAUGAGGUGUCAUGGGCCACAGAAGAUGAGCCAACAGAGGACCUCCGGAAGUCUUUCCAGUUUAAGCAUUAUAUAAUACUCAGCAAAAUUUACGAGCACAAGAAUAUAGUAAAGAAAAGAAAACCAAGCUCCGACGAUGAUGAAGCAAUAAUUUAUGUAAAGCCUGAGGAUGAGAUUUUCCAUAAGUUGUGCUCAUGGUCCUUCUGUUUUCCAUUGCGAGCUCAGCAGCUUGCACCUCCUGAGCUAAAGAAUUACAGGCCAAUGGGAUUAAUCAUGGCUGUUGAGGCAGGCAAAAUUCCAGCAUUUCGUCAAGAGUUAGGUUCUCUAAUCAGUGAAACUUGAAGCAGCAAGGUUGCACAAUUUCCAUUAUACAUACAACCUAACUGCUGAAGCUUUUCAUCUAUUUCAACCUUCACAAUUCUUUUGAGCUGCCAAAUUUUGAUCCCGCCCGCAAAUCAUCCAAUUUUAACGAGAUGGUGAAGAUAAUUUUGUUUCCCCUCUUGUUUCUGUUGUACGCUUUUCCUGCAGUUAUCGGGAUUCCAUACAUGAUGUGGUAAAACUUCCAUGAAUUUUUGUCAUGAAAAGAGGAUUGGAAAUACAUAAUUCGGUUUUUUAAUUUUUACUGAACCUGAUGAAGAAGUAGUAUUUUCAGUUCGAUCCGUUAGUAAAACAUAAUCCAAGUCAUUUGAUUUAAGUCCCAAAUUAUUUUA